GUGGAGAGAAAGAAUUGCUUCCCUUGACCUGCUGGCUACAUGUAUUUUGAUGCAGUCCAGGACACAGUUGGCUUUCUGGGCUGCAAGUGAACAUUGUCGGCUCAUACUGAGCUUUUCAUCAACCAACGCUCCCAGAUCCUUCUUCUCAAGGCUGUUUUCGAUCCAUUUUCUGCCCAACCUGUACUUGUGCCUGGGAUUGCCCUGACCAGGAUCAUUGGACAGACUCAGAAACAGACCUUGGCAUCAAUUAAAAAAGGCAACAUGAAAGAAGCUGAGAAGCCACGUGCAGAGGACAAAUUCUGCUGCAUUUCCAAGCUGAAGGUAUUUCUGCUGGCCUUAUCACUUGCAUUUGUGGGUAAAACAAUGGAUGCUGCUUACAUGAACAGCAUGUACACACAGAUAGAGAAACAAUUUAAUAUUCCAGCCUCUUUAGUGGGGAUCAUUAAUGGAAGCUUUGAAAUUGGCAACCUGCUGCUGAUAGCAUUUGUGAGUUACUUUGGAGCAAAACUUCACAGACCCAGAAUAAUUGCUUUGGGCUGCAUAAUUCAUUCAUUUGGAUGUCUUUUGAUAUCAAUUCCUCAUUUCCUAUUUGGAAGGUAUCGUAUUGAAAGCAGUAUUUCACCAUGGGAAAAUGUUUCAGUCAUGCCUCUAUGCCUUGUUAAUCAAAGCUUAUUCUCUUUACCUACAGAGGAACCAUCAACAGAAUGUGAAAAAGAGCCUGGGUCCUUGCUGUGGAUAUUUGUGAUGGUUGGAAACAUAGUACGAGGAAUGGGUGAAACUCCCAUCAUGCCUUUAGGCAUUUCAUAUUUGGAGGACUUUGCCAAAGCAGAGAAUUCACCUUUCUACCUGGGAUGUCUACAUACAGCAGCUGUAAUUGGCCCCUUCCUUGGCUUCUUGUUGGCAUCGUUCUGUACAGAACUGUUUGUUGAUCUGGGAUCAGUAGAUGCAGAAGAUGUAAUUAUAACAACUACGGAUGCCCGUUGGGUUGGAGCAUGGUGGCUGGGCAUUUUGAUUUGUGCAUCAGUGAAUCUUCUUGCAGGAAUACCUUUUUGGUUUUUUCCCAAGUCACUUGUAAAGGAAGGAGAAACUGAUGAACCUGAGGAGAUGAGUGAAAAAAGUGUAAUACAAUUGCAAGAAAAUGAUAAGGAUGAAGCCAAACAGACCAUGUAUGAAAUUGCUAAAGAUUUUAUCCCGUUCCUCAAGGCUCUGUUUCGCAACCCAGUUUAUAUGUUAUUUAUAUUCAUAACUGUGUUACAGUUCAGUGCCUUCGAUGGCAUGAUAUCCUUCAUGCCCAAGUAUUUGGAGCAGCAGUUUGGAAAAUCUGCAUCGGAUGCCAUCUUUUUAAUCGGUGUUUACAACUUACCAGUUGUAUGCGUUGGGUAUUUUUUUGGAGGCUUAUUCAUGAAGAAAUUCAAGAUAAAUAUCUAUCAGGCUGCGAACAUAGCAUUUUGGGUAUCUUUACUGGAAUAUCUUCUCUACUUUGCUGCCUAUUGGACUGUCUGUGACACUUCACCAGUUGCUGGCCUAACAGUGUCCUAUGAAGGAAUAGAGCAAGUUUCAUAUGCAGAAAAUACUCUGCUUGCUGGCUGCAACAGAGAUUGUGAUUGCCCGCUUAAAAUAUGGGACCCUGUUUGUGGGAACAAUGGAAUCACAUAUGUUUCACCUUGUCUUGCUGGGUGUAAAGCCUCAAGAGGAACUGGAAAAAGUGUGGUAUUUGAGAACUGCACUUGUGUUGCAGCCUCAAGGUUUUCAUCUCAGAAUGUCUCUGCAACUCUGGGCCAGUGUGAUGGAGAAGAAAACUGUGGCAAGAUCCUUCAUUAUUUUUUAAUAUUGUCUUUGGUCUGCAGCUUCAUUUUUUCCUUAGCAGCCAUGCCUGGGUACAUGGUCUUAAUAAGGUCUCUAAAGCCUGAAGAAAAGUCAUUUGGAGUGGGUAUCCAUGAACUAGCUUCAAGAGUAUUUGCUGGAAUUCCAUCUCCCAUUUAUUUUGGAGCUUUGAUAGAUACUACUUGCUUAAAGUGGGGUACUAUGACUUGUGGUGGAGAAGGAGCAUGUAGGAUGUAUGACAUUGUCACAUACAGGUGGCUGUAUCUUGGCCUGCCAGCAGUGUUACGUGGAGUGUCCUAUAUCCCAAGUGCACUAAUUCUCCUUAUUUUAAAGAAGAAGCUUAAAUCUGAAAGUCAAGUCCCACUAAAUGCACCAGUAGAAAUGCAGGAUAAAGAACAAGAAGCGUUGAAAUAGGAUUUAAAAGCAGGACAUAUUGUGGAAAAAACUUGCAGUGUAAAUUUUCGAUAUGCUCUUGUGAAAGAUUUCAUAGUCUAACUAGUGAACACUUGGACAGAGAUUAAUAGAAUUACACAUGGUUGUAUCCUAAUUAUAUUACAGAAGUAUCAGUUCAUAAACAGAAAUUAGAGGAAAAAAAGUGUUUGGCACAAAAGAACAAAGAGCAGAAGUAAGAAAACUUACAUUAUGCCACUUACUCAAACUUAGGUUUGAGUUGUCUGAGCACAGGACUAUGAAGCAGGAAUAUGCUUUCAGUUCUGGUUUCAUUGAAGAUAGUGAGAAUUUUGCAACUGUCCCCAGUGAUGCCAAAUUUCACCCUGGAAUUCUCCAGCAAGUUCUGCCAGAGCCUCUCUCAUGGACUGUAGAGGAUUUGCAGCUUCUUUUGGCCUGAAUUUUCAAUAAAUUUAUUUAAUUAUGCUGUUAGUCUUUUUAGGCAGGGACUGUUUGUUAUUCUGCGUAGUGUAGGUGGUCAUUUAUUGGAACCUGUUUUAUUACAUGGUCUGGAUGCUGUGGUACUAGUAACAAAUAAAAAAAUAGAUUUUUUUUUUUUUAAAUUGACCGUUUUCUUGAUGUUUUAACAUUUGGAUAGUUCACGGAAAUGUUCUCAGGAUUUGUUACUUCAGUUGCAUUUACUCUAGAGAGGAGUAACCCACACAAGACAGAAUGUUACUUGCAUUUUCCCUACCUUGUUGCUGUCUGCUAAAUCCUAUACCUUCUCAUGUCUUGUCAAAUUAUUCUUUGCAUGCUACAUAACUGUAGUCAUCCAUAUGCUCUUCCUAGUCUUUGAUUUUUAUUUCUCUCAGAUGUGGUGUUACAAUGAGUGUAACCCCCUUUCGGGUUGGCUGACAGUGAGCUGUUGCUCUGGGAUAUCUUAAAUAUCUCAUGAAAAGACCCUGCUGAUAGGGUAUAUGUCACAUAAGGUGUAUCUUUAGUUGAGUAUAGUGCAUCCAUGUUUAGCUUCUAGACUGGAAAUGCCUCUUAUUUGGCUCCAGUGCAGAGGACCCUUAGGACUGCAGGUGGCUGUGCAGUAACUUCUCGGAUCCUUUUAUUACAGCUGUUGGAAGCAAUAAUAAAAAAACCCUCCUGAUUAUUUUUCUCUACUUCAUAAGGCAUGAAGGCUGCUUCUGAAACUUUACCAUAGACCGGUGCUCCAGCAGUUGCAAGUGUCUCCUACCCGUUUAAUCUACAUGACAGACUUACCCCAAUUUUAUCCACCUGAGACCUGCAGCCACCAAAAAAUGGGAAUGGUAUUUCCCCAAAGUAGUUAUGUUACUUAAGUUAUAUUCUGGUUUACUUUAAGUGUCUUAUUAAUACCAUAAGUGCUUGGAAUUGCCUUCUGUCCUUGUGUAAUCAAUGGCAAAAGAUAAUUUUCUUUCUACAGAACAGGAAAACAGCUCCAAAAUUUAAAGUUUCUUCAAAUACAGGAGGUCCUUACAGUUAAUUCUUUUGAAAAGAUAUAUCACAGAGAUAUAUAUAUAUAUCAGAUGAUAGAGGUAUAUGAUUUCCAUCAGAUAAACAGGUACAAUGUGAGGAAGCAGAAAAGAAGAGGGACAGGGAUUUGCUUGAGAGUAUCUGACAGGGCUGUGAGGAUGAUUAAGGGACUGGAACACCUGCCUUACAAGGAAAGGCUGAGAGACCUUGGGCUCUUUAGUCUAGAGAAGAGAAGACUGAGAGAGUAUCUUAUUAAUGUAUAUACAUAUCUGAAUGGUGGGUGACAAAAAGGAGGGGCAAAUCUCUUUUCAGCUGUGCCUGAUAGGACAUGGGGCAAUGCAUUCAAGCUAGAGCACAGGAAGUUCCACCUCAACAUGAGGAAGAGCUUCUUUACUGUAAGGGUUGCAGAGCACUGGAACCUGUUCCCCAGAGAGGUGGUGGAUUCUCCUUUCCUCCUUCCCUGGAGACUUUCAAGACCCUCCUGUUUAUGUUUCUGAGAGACCUGCCCUAGAUUCUGUGGUAGUCCUGCUCUGGCAGGGGCAUUGGACUCAAUGGUCUCCAGAGGUUCCUUCCAACCCCUAACAUUCUGUGGUUCUAUGAAGAAAAGACAAAUGUGAUGCAGCCUGUAACAGAGCAGAGCAGAAAGUGCAGUUCUUUAUUAAGCCAGAGGUCUUCCAGAAGCUUUAUGGACAUUUGAAGCACAGCUGGUUUUCAGCAUUGUUCUUGCUACCAUAGGACAUUUACUGAAAGCCAGCAUUCUUCCUUCUAGGUAUAAUAUUCUUCCAAAGCUAGAGUUAAAAAUCUUUUGCAGGCAUUUAGUCACAGUUUGGUGCCAAGGCAACCUGGGAAACAUGAAAAGUUACAGUGCACCAAAGUUUCACAGCUGUAGGAAACAAAAGGGCUUUGUUAGGUAGGCAAAUUUGUGCCAUUGAAAAGGACCAGUGCCAGAGAGUCAGGCCUAGUUAACUCACUGUGUUUUGAAAUGGAAGGAAGCAGGUAGAAAGUUUCCAAGUUUUAAAUUUAUCAUUUCAGUAGACAUGUUAGCUUUCUUUUUAAUUGUUCCAAUUAAUCUGUUUGAGAAUGUAGCAGUGAAACAGGCCAGCUUCACCAGAUGCUUUGAAGUCAUUAACCUGCUACUCAAACUGUUUAUCAACAGAAAUGGUGCUGGCUGGAAAGCUGGGUGGUUGAUAGCACGGUUGAGAGGCUUCUUGGCACAAGCCUGUGGUGGGAACAUUGCUUCCCCAGAGCAAAACCAGGAAACAGAGAGUGCAGGUCACUCUAAAGUAAUCAUCAUAAAACCUUUAUGGUAUGCUAUGUGGUACAACAGACACUCUUAGGUUGGGAGGUUAGAAAAAUACUCUUGGAGCUAUUUCUUCAAAUGCAAAGCCAAACUAUAGACUUGAUCCUUUCAAGUUUAGAGCAGGCUGACCUUGAUACAGCAAAGCAUUUAAACAUGUGCUUAACUUACAAAUGGGUGGCCUUAUUGAUGUUUAUUGUUUAAACAGGUGACAUCAGACAUUUAAAUACUCAGCCCUAAACUGACACUGUCAUGGCAGCUGUUUGAACACAGGCUGCUUGUUGUGGGUUACACUAGGUACUCAGGUGAUACUCACUGUGCUCGUAAGCCUGGGCUGAUCCCGGGCUGAUGUUUCAAGCACUGAGCCUUGCAUAAGCACUGUGGGUAGCACAAGCCAAAAAUAGAAAUAAAGCCAACAGAAGUCACAGUAGGCGUAAAUUUUUUUAUAAAACUGUUGCAUAUGAAUAUCUGAGUUGAUUAAGUCCAAUAUAAUAUUAAUAAAACUCAAUGGGAGGUUUAUUUUCUGAGUGCCUGAGAUCUGAGCAGAUGGCUUUCACAGUACUAUCAACCAUGUUUCUUUGUCACUGAAGUUUCAACUCAGUAAAGGGUGCCCAUGAGUGGAAUUUUGAUCUUUAAACCUCCCCAGAGGAAGGCCAGGUGGUGAUGCCUGGAUGCAGAUGCUGCCAGAUACUGCCAAGCAUAUAUUUGAUGUUUUUCUGGCAAUGUGACCUGUACAAGCAUCUUGGAGAUAUUUUAAAGGCCAUAGUACACAAACUGUGCACACAUGUAUUUAUCUAGCAUUUUGUACUCAAUGCAUUUUGUAAUGAUCCCUGAUGUUCCUUGCUUGUUCGUUCUUGUUGUUGUUUGGACCAAUGUCAGGUGCUGACCCACCAUUUUCAAAGAAAUAUCAGCAGAGUCCUCAGCACCCUACUGAAAAAUGGCAAUGCUUUGUAAAAAGCACAUCUCUGAGUAUGUGCAGGCUAUGGGUUUUUUUUCCACUUGCAUUAUUUUCUCUGUAGCAACUUUUAAUUUAAUCAGCUACCGUAUUGUCAAGUCUCUCAGUAUUUUGCAAGUAAUUAUUAAAAAUGUUACAUCAAUCUUAAAAA